AAUAAAACUCCUAAACAACUUAUGCAUACUUUAUUAGCCUAUUCCGUCUCUGCGGUGACCGUGCGCUUUUUUUGCGAGUCUCUCCAAGGUUAUAUUGUUUUGGAAACAGAAUGAGCUCGUACGUUGGAAAGUCUUUUUCCAAGCAAACGCAAGACGCCUCCUCUUGCAGAAUGCACACUUUUGGCAACUAUGGAGCUCACUCUGAGUUCCACGAGUCCAAUUACGCGUACGAGGGACUCGAUCUCGGCGGAUCGUUCAGUUCUCAGAUCCCCUCCAACUCUUUGAAACGGGAGGCGAUAAACACAACCGACCGCGCGAGGAGCGGUGCGGCCGUUCAGCGAGCACAGUCCUGUUCAGCUUUGGGCUCUCGUAGCUUCGUAAGCACUCACGGGUACAACCCCCUCAGUCACGGACUGUUGAGCCAAAAAGCCGAGGGGAAUAUGGAAGUUAUGGAGAAGCCCAGCGGCAAGAGCCGCGCAGACGAUAUCAAAAUGGAGACUACUUCGGCGAUAAAGCAACAAACUAAUUCGACUCAGCGUCAGAACCAGUCGCAGCCGCAGAUAUAUCCGUGGAUGACAAAGCUACACAUGAGCCACGAAUCUGAUGGUAAAAGGUCACGAACCAGUUACACCCGGUACCAGACUCUGGAGUUGGAGAAAGAGUUCCAUUUCAACCGAUACCUCACGCGUCGCAGACGUAUCGAGAUUGCCAAUAACCUCUGCUUGAACGAACGCCAAAUUAAAAUUUGGUUCCAGAACCGUCGCAUGAAGUGGAAGAAGGACUCGAAGUUGAAAGUAAAAGGAGGACUAUAAUAAAGUGGUGUGCGGAUCAGCUUGGAAAUAAAGGCGGUGUACUGAUUUCAAAUAGAUUUUCUUUGUGACAACAGUCGAUGUCUUUUCAUUUGUCUACACGGUGUCAUGUUGUUAUGUGAAUAUGUCCAUAUUUUCCAUAUUUAUUGAUAGCGCUGCCUCCCAGGAGCGCGGGAGGUGCUUAUCUGAAUAAUGUAUGAGCUUAAAACUUUAUUUGAAUAUGCUUUACUAAAAUCACUUGUGUCAAUAACGUGCAUAAUAUGCCAAGGCCUGCAUCCAGUUACGUUGACUUAAAUGUAAGUGCAAAUAAUGUGGUGCUUUGCUUAAACGUUCAUCAAUCUGCCCGUCGCGUUAAGCGUUUUGACGGGACCUGUCUUUCUGUCCGUUGUACUUUCUGUCGUAAAUACAUCUAUACAACUGUAAUGUCCACAGAAGGAUGGUAAACCGCACGCCACGAUGAUAACGCAACAACUGUGGUGUCAUAUUAAUCGCCGUGUAUCAUGUUGUCUGUCAGCCAGCAGCCAAAUGAUAAUUUUCUCUUGACCAUCACGUCUGUUUAAAUACUGUGCAAUCAGAACAUUUCACUGG